GUGACAGCGGCGAGUCCCGGCUUCGCUGCAGGUCCGGGCGAGGACAGGUCGAGCUGGGCAGCGUGUCCCUCCACCCGCUCCCUUUCCCCCUCGCCGCUCGCAGCGCUACCAACCUUCCAGGUUGUAACUUCUGCUCCCCCUGCCCACCCCAUCACCUUCUGGCCGGGACCCGGCCUGUCCACUUCUAGGCUCAGGAGGUUUUAGUGGCUUCAAAACAAAACAAAACCCCAAACCAAAAAAAAAACCUGCUUGAGAGGAGGGGGCGUGGCGGGGAAGGAUGCGAGACCCCGUUUUCCUGCUCGGCUUCUGGAGCCUCUAUUGUUGCUUCCCGGCGGGAAGUCUCACAACCUUACGUCCCCAGGGGUCGCUGCGAGAUGAGCACCAUAAACCCACCGGAGUACCAGUUACUGUAACCACCAAACCCUCGGUGACUUUUAACAUCCGCACUUCUAAGGACCCAGAGCACGAAGGGUGUAAUCUCUCCCUUGGUGACAGCAAACUCUUAGAAAACUGUGGCUUCAACAUGACAGCCAAAACCUUCUUCAUCAUUCAUGGAUGGACGAUGAGUGGCAUGUUUGAAAGCUGGCUGCAUAAACUCGUGUCAGCCCUGCAGACGAGAGAGAAAGAUGCGAACAUAGUGGUGGUGGACUGGCUGCCCCUGGCUCACCAGCUGUAUAUAGAUGCCGUCAGUAACACCAGAGUGGUGGGACGGAGAGUGGCUGGGAUGCUAAACUGGCUGCAGGAGAAGGGAGAGUUUUCUCUUGGGGAUGUUCACUUGAUUGGCUACAGCCUGGGAGCACACGUGGCUGGAUACGCCGGCAACUUUGUGAAGGGAACAGUGGGCAGGAUCACUGGAUUGGAUCCCGCCGGACCCAUGUUUGAAGGGGUGGACAUCGACAGGAGGCUGUCCCCGGACGAUGCGGACUUUGUGGAUGUCCUGCAUACCUACACGCUGUCUUUUGGCUUGAGCAUUGGGAUUCGGAUGCCCGUGGGUCACAUUGACAUCUAUCCCAAUGGUGGUGACUUCCAGCCGGGCUGCGGAUUCAACGAUGUCAUGGGAUCUUUCGCGUAUGGAACAAUCUCAGAGAUGGUGAAAUGUGAGCACGAGCGAGCCGUACACCUCUUUGUCGAUUCUCUGGUGAAUCAGGACAAGCCGAGCUUCGCUUUCCAGUGUACGGACCCCAACCGCUUCAAAAAGGGCAUCUGUCUCAGCUGCAGGAAGAACCGUUGUAACAACAUUGGCUACAAUGCUAAGAAAAUGAGAAAGAAGAGGAAUAGCAAGAUGUAUUUAAAAACCCGGGCGGGCAUGCCUUUCAGAGUUUACCAUUAUCAGCUGAAAAUUCACAUGUUUUCUCACAAGAACAGCGGGGACAUCCAGCCCGACCUCUACAUUACCCUGUAUGGUAGCAACGCAGACUCCCAGAACCUGCCCUUGGAAAUCGUGGAGAAGAUUGAGCUGAAUGCCACAAACACCUUCCUGGUCUACACUGAGGAGUGCUUGGGUGAUCUCUUCAAGAUCAGACUUACCUGGGAGGGAGUAUCCAGUUCCUGGUACAACCUGUGGAAUGAGUUUCGCAGCUACCUGUCCCAACCCAGCAGCCCCUCGAGGGAGCUGCACAUCCGACGCAUCCGUGUCAAGUCUGGGGAAACCCAGCGAAAAAUGGCAUUUUGCAUUCAAGACCCUAUGAAGAAUAGCAUCUCCCCUGGCCAGGAGCUGUGGUUUUACAAGUGUCAGAAUGACUGUAGAGUGAAAAACUAAACCAGUCCCUUUGCGGAGCUGGCCUGAGGGCCCAAGAAGUCCUGAUGUCCACACCCACACCCUACUGUCCAUGCACAUGGAGGAACGUUACUGCUGAAGACCCACUGGAUGGAAGACCUCAGCCUUGAGCCCCAGGAGGAGCUUGCUCGCUGGGCUUCUCCUGUCUCCCCUAACAUCCGGGACUUCUCCCAGAGAGGCCUGUGCACUGCCGAAGCUCCUGCUGAGGAUUCUAACUGCAAACCUCUGUUGUCACCUCAGGAAGCCGAGUCCGGGUUGCUGUGUGAGCACUGGAAUGCCCACAGCCCCCGUACCCUCUGGGCUGCUCUCCCUGUUGCUAGGUGGGUGCUGGCUUGGUCCAGCAUCAGGGAAGACAGGUUCUGUGUGGAAGGUUGGCAGCUGCUUGGCCUUGCUGAACCUUAGUGACAAGUCUUUGCCUCAGGAGCUGUCUCAUGCCAUUGUGGCAUACCUGUUCCCUAGAGAGGGGACCGUAGAUCAGGCUGGGACUGCUGCCCUCCCCCAUGAGGUACUGAUGGGUCCUGCUUAUUUCAUCACACCUUCUGAAGUUCACAUCGUUGGCAUUUCCUUUUCCUUUUAUUCAUACUUCGGCUGAACCAACAUUUAUUGGGCACUUCACCUAAUUAGCACCAGGCAGCAGACACAUGACUCAACUUUGGCAUUUGGAGCCAAUGAGAUCAAGAUCCCUGGAAUCUCUCAAGUUCACCGGCCCGUGGGUGUGCCUGUGUUAGUUAAAGAAAGAUGGGAUCAAGGCGAGGGCUACAGGCUGAGUGAACUUGGGCUCUGAGGCUUUUCUGUACCGUUUCCUCUGAGGGCCGCCCUUGAUCUCUAGCAGAAUGGCAAGCAGAAAAUCCGGCCUGCUGGCUGCAGUGGUGGAGCAAAGUCUUCGCUGGUUAGGGAGUUACACAGUAUGGCAUGAGUUCUGCAUACCUGCUGGACAGAGCUGGCUUGGCGUUUGCUACAGUGCUCUUCCUUCCGCAACAUAGUUUCUGUUUAUAUCAGUGCCUUAUCUAUUAAACUCCUGGAGGGAAGCCCCCCUAGUCUAGCGCUUCAUGUGAACUGAUACACGUGAUGCCCGAGACACCCUUUUGUAGCUUUUAGACAGCUUGCAUGUAUGCAACCUAAUUAGAGUACAGGGAGCAAGGCAGCCAUUAUUCUUGUUCUACGAAAUCAAGGCUUAGGGAAGUCCAGCCACCUGCCUAGACGACGUAUCAAGGUGGUGGUGGGAGGGGGGGCAAGCUAAGGACCCGGCAAGGUUUCCUGGAGGCCAAGUUCAUGAAAUCCUUUCAGUAACUCCAUGGAGAUGUCUGCAGCCACUUCCCGCCAAUAUGUUCCCGAUGCGUGAUAAGCUUCAGAGCUAUUCUAAAAUCCAAACCCUUUCCUUUAAGAUCCAAGCAGGAGAGCACAUGGGAGAAGGGGUGAGGCUUUGUGAGUGUGCUCUCGGCUUGGGGGUGGGAGAGCGAUCGCUGUGUUUAGGUUCGUAAUGGGCUUUCUUCGUAUCUGUACUGUCCCAAUUUUCUAUCACUGCUUCAUGCCAAAGUCCUGAAGACAUAGCCAGUUGACCCUUCACACAAAGUGCCCUCUCGAGCCCCGGGUGUGCUUCUGCGACUGCCUUCUAGCCAAAGUGAAGCUUGUUAUUGGCCAUGCAUCCUGUGAUGUCCAGCUUGUGUUUAGUAAUGGAAGGUUCGAGAGCUGAAUCCUCUGUGGGUCGUGUAUUUAUCCAUUUGGCUUGAAGCCUUUUUUGUAUAUCUGUUGCUUUUUAAAAAAAAAUGCUCAGACCACUAUUUAUUUCUUGAGUGUAUAUAAUGUAUAAAGACAAAUAUAUGGUUAGUUUUUUCUUUAAGAUUAACCAAUUUCAAGAUUUACAGAAAGUUUAAUAGUAAAAUAAUAAAAAAAAAGUGUACGGCUCUUAA